AUGUCUCGCCCGGAGAAGCCAACCUGCCUCCUGCUGCUCCUGCUCCUGCUCGCGAUCCUGCCCGCCGCCUUGCUGGCCCUGGCGCCGCCGCCGCCCGCCUCCAUCCCUGGCGCAGCCAAGAACGGCAGCAACGGCCCCGGCGACCCCCAGAAAGCGGCCGUCUCGCCGCCUCCGCCGCCUCCUCCGCCGCCCUCCUCGGCCGGGAACCACAGCGGCGCUGCCCAGCGCAACCCGGUCCUGGCGAUGCUGCGCGAUUUGCCGGCGCUGAAGGCCGCUGUCAUCGGAGCCUGCGCGGCCAGCGCCUGUCUGAUGGCCUGCCUGCUGUUCCGCGUGCUCAG